AAAUGUGUGAUCUCUUGAUGUUUGUUGAAAUGGUGAAAGAAAUGCUUCAGCUUGAUCCUGAAAGACGGAUUACACCCCAACAGGUGCUGGACCAUUCUUUCGCCAAAAUGAACCACAUAGGGUACUUGUACGACCUGAGCUCCUAUGUAAAGUCCUGCUAUCAGCACAUGGACAUCUGUAAGGAAAAGAGCACAGUGUCUUCGGAUAGUGGGACAGGAGUGAGCGGGUCUCUGCAGCAGCCCGUCUCUGAGAGCAGACAACCUGCCCAACAGAGGCUUCCUCCCCCUGCAGCUGAGAGCAAAUUCCUAGUGGGACCCCCUUCCUCCAAGACCACCAGCCCAUCAGAACAAAACUGUCCUCCCCCUUCAGAUCAGAAGAGCAGCCCCAAGUGCUUCAGGCCCAGUCACUCUGAAACUGCCCAGACAGUUUCAGUCUCAAACUUUAAAAGAAAGCGCCCUGAUGAGGAUAUAAAGGACACCAGUCAGCCAGUGAAAUGGAGGAGGAUUGACUGGAAAGAUGUGGGUGAAAAAAUACCCACCUCUUCCGAAUAUGAGAGGUCAGACCACGACCAAAGGGAACUCCAGUGUUCUCCGGGGCCAUCCUGCUCAAACAACAGGACACAGAGUUCCAGCUCAGGGAUUAAGAGGAACCUUGAUCAUUGGAAAACUGCUUUCAACAGACCGCAUAAGAGGGCCAGAAAACACGAUGAAGGCAGUUGGAGCUGCUUUUCCCGUCAGACCCGUAAGAGAGAUCCAAAAUGCAGUCCAGCUGAGGACCACCGCUGCAGAGAAGCAAGAAGGAGGAGCAGCAGAGUGCCAUCCAAUUCCUCCCACAAAUCAAGAGUGUCGUGACAAAGUGGAUGAUAUGCUCCAAAAGUCAUCUCGCUCUUAAAGUAAAUGUUCAGUUAGCAAUUCAAAGCAAUAUGUUAAUAGGUGAAACUCGACGUAAUGCAGGGUCAAUCUACAGCGUUAGACAGUUGACCCUGAAUCAUCCCUUAGUCUUCCUGCUUACCAUGAUGCACUAAUCCCAUGAUGCUUCUGCACUGCUGCAUGUCAUUAACUUUUGUCCUCUCUUUCCAACAGUUUGUGUUCUCUCCUUGUCUCUGUACUCUGUCUCUCUUCUCUCUUUUCUU